AUGGCGGCCGCGAUUGAGCAGGUCCCUUCCUCAAAGGAGGAUGCGGCGAUCGAGCAUGCCUCGGUGUCCCAAGUCGAGGAACUGAGUAUCGACGACCUGGCCAAGCCUGAGGAUAUCAUGAUCAUUACGACUGAGAAUCCUUAUGGCGAGAUCAACUUCAUCGGAACCUACUGCGCCAUCGCGCUCUCUCUCAUGGGGGCCUACGGUGGUUGGACCAUGCCAGCAACGUCUCUGUCUUAUAUCAAUGCCGACCUAGGUCCCACCCAAGACAUCAACUGGGUUGCUCUCGUGUGGACUCUGUGCACGGGCAUCGGCUUCACCCUCGUGGGCCGCCUCUCCGACAUUUUUGGACGUCGCUAUUUCUUCAUCGCUUCGGCCGUGUUGGCGACUGUCGGUUGCAUUGUGGCCUCCAGAGCCCAGACCGUCAAUCAGUUGAUUGGGGCAAACGUCCUGAUCGGCCUCGCUGCGGCGGCGCAAUCUUCAUUCAACUACGUCGUCUCCGAACUGGUCCCUGUCCGACAUCGGUUCUACGCCCUGUUUGGCGUCUACCUCUUGGGAAUUCCCAUUCUCGCAUUCGGCCCGAUAUGGUCACGUCUGUUUAUCGUCCACACCGCACAGAGCUGGAGAUGGGAUUACUACAUGAUGACCAUUCUGAAUUUUGUCAAUGUGCUCCUCUGGACCAUCUUCUACCACCCACCGGACUUUGAGCACUUGCAUCGAAACCGGUCCAAGCUGCAGGAACUCAAGGAGAUCGACUACGUCGGCAUCUUCCUCUUUACGGCUGGCAUGCUCCUCUUCAUCAUGGGUCUGUCCUGGGGUGGCGUCCAAUACCCAUGGAAGUCGGCACACGUGCUCAGCACGCUUGUGAUCGGAGCUGUCCUGGUCAUUGCCUUUGUACUCUAUGAGGUUUACAUGCCCUUGCGCCGGCCGAUUGUUCCGAUGCACCUGUUCAGAAACAAGGACUACUCGGCGCUCAUCGUAGUGACGACUGUGGGAGGCAUGAUGUACUUUUCAAUCAGCGCCAUUUAUCCUCAAAUGGUGGCUGUCCUGUUUACGAACGACAUUGUCUACGGCGGUAUUCUCUCGUGCACUGUCACCGCGGGCACAAUUGCUGGGCAAUUAAUCGGCACCGCGACGGCCGUGGUAGGUGGGCGCAUGAAGUGGAAGCUUGUGGCUUCUUGUGUGGCCAUGACUGCUUUCAAUGGCGGCGUUGCGGGCGCUGGCGAGGAUAAGGCCAUAGCGACUGCCUUGUCCUGUCUCGGGGCUUGUAUGGUCGGUAUCCUGGAGGGUUAUGCAUGUGGUCUUGUCACCAUUGUGAUCGACGACCAAAAGGAGCUGGGCGCGGCAGGAGGUAUUUUCGGCAGCGUCAGGACAAUUGGCGCUGUCGUGUCAACCGCCAUCUUCACAUCAAUCCUCAACAACAAGCUGUCGGGACAUAUCUCCGGGGAUGUCGUCCCUACCAUUGUCCAGGCAGGCCUCCCCGUGUCUUCGGUGGAAUCCUUCGUCGGCGCCCUCACCGCAGGCAACACAGACGCAAUGAGCAAGAUCCCAGGCGUGACGCCGACGAUCAUUGCCACGGCAGCAACGGCACUCAAGGACGCGUACUCCAAGUCCUUCGCCAUGGUGUUCCUGGCCAGCAUCGCAUUUGGCGGCUGCGCCAUCAUCGCGGCCCUUUUUGUCCCCAACGUCGACGACAAGAUGACGCACGAAGUUGUGCGCCGACUGGAGGCGAGUGGCUUGGGUAAAUUCGGCGGCAAAAGGGAGAAGAAUGCGACUUCUGUCACCGAGACCAAGGCGUAA